AUGAACAAUCAGUUGGCUACGCAUUUUCGGACGUACUUCCAGAUGGAUGCAGGUGAUGCCAGUGCCCUGGCGGGUGCUUUCGGCUUGAUGAACCUCUUCGCAAGAUCCCUUGGCAUCAGCAGCGACAUUUGCUUCAAGUACUUCGGCUUCCGCGGCCGCAUUUGGGCUCAGUUCCUGGCACUCUUCUUCGAAGCUAUCUUCCUGUUCAGCUUCGGAAAGGUGGACAAUUCGCAGCCUUGGUACGUGGCCUUGGCAGUUUUGGUUUGUUUCUCGCUCUUUGUGCAGAUGGCUGAGGGCACCUCCUACGGAAUCGUGCCCUUCAUGAACAGGAAGCAGCUCGCAGUGGUGUCCGCGCUUGUGGGUGCCGGUGGAAACCUCGGGGCAGUGAUUGAUCAUGUUGCUAUCUCCCAGAUGAGGAUUGCAGGCUUCUGCUUCUACAAGCCGAUCCAGGAUGCCCUGCUGCCUUUCCAGGUCCAUGCGGGCUAUGUCAUGUUUUGGGCGCUGCUGAGCCCCUGCUACUACUGGUCCGAGAUGGGUGGAAUGUUUCACGGACCGGCACAGAGCGUCGAGAAGGCCAAGGGCCUCAAGACCAAA